AUGGAGGAGAGAACCAAUUCCCCGUUGUCGAUCCUCCCAGUCGAGCUACAGUAUCAAAUCAUCUGCUUACUAGACCCAAUUGGCCUCAUCUCCCUCAGCCAAAGCAACCAGCAUUUCCGAUAUCUAAUCAGCCCAGGACGAAAUGAAUGGAGAGAGUGGCUACUCUCGAUUGAGUGCCGAGAGAAAUAUGGCGGCGGCACCAUGAUCUACCGCCUCUUCUCGGACGGCUACAUCGAGCCCAACUGGCAGCUGUCCCAGUGGCAGGCUCAUCGGUGGCUCUGCGGCGCCUGUCUACACUUCCUCCCACACACCGAUUUCGACAACCGCUCCCUUCUGCGUCUGCCGUACCGCAAGCCGAUUCCCGGCUCGCCAGCUGCCAGCGAUACUCUCACCUCGUGGGUCCCCUCUAUGCACGGUAGGAACCACGGUCGUGAGGCGAGACUAGCCCAUCGCGAGAAGCGCAAACUCCAGGGCCCGACCCCGACAGACGGGCCCAGCGUACUAAGACGCAACCACGAGAUCUGCGGUUACAACCGCCAGCAGCGCCGCUGCAACGAGUGCCGCUUCCAGGCCGGCCAGCUCGGCCCGCAGAUGUCCCACUGGAGCGGCGUGAUGGGCGGCACGCGCAAGGUGCCCAUCCUGCGCAGCCGGGAGGUGACCUUCGACUCGCCCCUGGACCGCUACUUCCCGCGUCUCUCCGACUUCCUCACGCACAAGAAGCCCCCCUUCCCGCCGCGGGUGGUGCGGAUCCAGCGCGAGGAUGCCGUCGACGAGCCGUGGGCCAUGUACAUGGUUCGGUGUCCGCAGUGCGAGACGUGGCAGGAGUUGAGGUCGUUUCGCUUCGGGGGCAUGUUUGUGAAUUGGAAGCCGAGCCACGAUGGGAACGGAGAGCUGGAGUUCUGGACGAGUCUGCAUGGGGAUAGCAAGCGGAUCCAACUUGAUGAUGUGCGCUGCAACCGGUGUUUUCUCAAGACGCACGGGCGGGAGGAGCUGGCAAAGGCGCUUUGGGAGUGGUUAAAGUUUGCUUGGAUACUGCAGCAAUGGAAGGUCGAGGGCCAGCUGCGUCCAUGGUGGGUAGAGGACUUCCUCAAGCGGCAGAAAUGUGUCGGUUUCAACAAGGAGAUUAGGAAAUUGACGCGGGAUAUCGAGAGACUGCCGAACAGACGCAUGUACGCCCUCUGGGGGUAUCAUGACAUUGCCCUGUUCCGACUACAGCACUACCAAACAGCGGAGAUGUGGGAAAGGAUGAAGGUGCAGGAUCCUCAGCUUGCGCAGAAGCAGGAGGAGGCCGAGUUUGUGGAGACGAAGUUGCGACAGUUCGAGGAGAAUGAAGCACAUUGGAGGUUUCACAUGGAGGGCUAUAAGGAGCUAGAAGAGAAUCCGGACUUGCUUGUCGACUGGGCGCUCAGUCGGAAACGGAGAGCAUACGGGGAAGUGCUUGACUAA